AUGGUAUUUCUAAUAUCAAGAGGUCAGAGUGACUCUGAAUUCAAUUUGUUUGGAAAUAAUUAUAUCCGUGCUGGUGGUGUCAACAUUACAUCAGGAAUCAAUCUAUGGAUGUACGAGCCAGAAAACCUAUUCUACCGAGAGAGUGCGUUUCCAUUCUCCUACUCCAACUAUUCAACCCAAGAUUCGGAGCAGAUGGAUUUGUUUGUCGCCAAGAUAGCAUCGCUUUAUCCAGGAACUAGAGUAGCCAUCCUGUCAUACACUGGCCUACCCAAUCCCGUGCCAGACAAUGUGGCUCGUGCCUUUAAUUUACUAGGAUCUAUCAGCAUCGAUAGAGUGGGGACCAAUCCAAACUUUUGUAUGAUUGGUGUCAAGGGUGGUAGUUCGGCCGAGUCGUUUGGAAACAAUGCGACCACACCAAACAAAAUCAAAGCUGAAAUACCAUACGAUACAUUCAAACUCGCAUCAACCAAUACAGUAGCAAGCUCUCUAAAGAUUGAAUACGACACUGGUGGCAAGCCAACCAUCCACAAUACCAACACUCUUCUCGACAACUAUCAAUUGAAAGCACUCAACCUGUUUGUCUUUACCGAUUCCAAUCCAACUCUACAAACAUUCGACUAUGCCAAUUCAGAUGACAAGUCAAAAGUCCAAUAUAUUCUAGAGGGUCUACCAUAUGGCACCAAGUUUGCACUCUUUACCAACGGGUUCAACCGGUUCGAAUUCAACGAUGAUACUGUCAACUUUUUAAGAAACCAUUGUGGUAGUGUGGCCAUUGACGUCUUUGUAAAUGACUCGACCCUUUUCAUUUGGUACAUGGUAUCCAAAGUUGGUGCCACUCGAUCGUUUACCGAAGAUGUGGCAUCUGGUGAAUGCAACUUCUUGUACACUCGAACCGAAGAUACCUCUCUCAGAACACAAGAACAAAUCAACGAACCUAUUGAGACUGAUAUUUCAGUUUACUCAAAUACCUACAACGGGGUGUGUGACAUUUCCGUCAAUGGUUUGACCUCUAUCCAAUUCAAUGGAUUUGCAAUGUGUGCAAUCAAUGAAGUCACUGGCCAAAUUUAUUACACUCGAAACUAUGACAUCUCUGUUUGUGAUCCCACUCAGAGUGCCAAUAUGAUUCAAGAUAUCCUCGAUCUUUCAGUUGGAACCGUCGUUGCAAUUGGACUGGCAGAACCAAGCGUUGCCUUUCAAUAUGGAUUCACAGAUCAAUUACAAUUUGCCCUCGAAUCUGUUGGUGCCUCACGUGCCAACGAGAUAACUCAAUCCCUCAACUACACUCUCAUCGGCAGAAAGGGAUCAAGACCAGGAUCGGCCUACGAAAAUUUAGGUCAAUCUCCAUCACGACUCUAUUCAAGUUUUAUACCAAGACAAGUCAAACCAUUUAUUGAAAUUGAAGCCAUUUCAGAAGCUUUUUAUUCAUACCAAACUGAAACUGAUUAUGGAUACUCUAGUUUUAAAAUCAAUGGUACUUAUGUCACUGGAUACCAAGGAAAUAAUUUGAUUGGUCUCAAUGUGAUGAUAGUCAACCCUACAACUGGAAUUGUUCAAGAGUUGUUAAACUAUGACACCCAAAAGAACAGCAGUUCUGCUCAAGCUUUUGCCGAUAAAUUGGCAACAUUGGAAGUUGGUACCAUUGUCGCCAUUUCUGUCGUUGGAGGUGCCUCUAAAAAAAUCGAUUUUGCCCUUUCAGCUAUUACCGAUUACCUUGGAAGCAAACUGAUUGUUGAUUUUGCAUUCCCAGAAUCUCUUUGCAUCAUUGCUACUGUCAACAAUAAAAUAUUGACACCUGCCAACCAAAAAGUACUCAGUGAGUGCAAGUCGAUUGGAAAAACAUCUUGCUCCACAAGGUUCCCCCUCAAAUCAUUGUUUAGCAACCAGGUAUUGGGUGUAAACAUGUGUGCCAGAUCAAAGGGCAGAGCAAAUGGAAGUUGCCAAAUAAUGGUAAAUGGAGAGGUGCAAGCACUUGGGGAUGCACAAGGACUCAAUGUUGUCUUUGUCGACAACAAAACAUUGGUCAAAACCAUCAAACUUUACUACACCAUUGCAAGUUGGGAGACUUUCCUUUUGGAUGUUCAAACCCUUGAGGAUGGAGUCUUUGUGUUGGUAGCCAUCAACAAAAGCAUGCCAUCCAGUGGACCAUCAAACAUAUCGGCUGCAAAGAGAAUGGUAUUCUCUCUUAUUGGUGCGUGCAAGUUUCUCUUAGUUCCAGACGAUGGAUCGUAUUCAGUCAUUGGAAUCAAAGCAUCUUCACCUGGGUCUGCUAUUGAACAAUAUUGUUCAAAUGGUGAUAAUCAAAUUUGUGUUGCAUCAUGGGAACCAAUUUCUACUACUACAACAACAACUUCUUCAUCAGAUGUUGAUUCAACUCUAUCAAUAUCAAACUACACCUAUGGGCAGUCACAAGCCAAUCAAACAAUUUAUUCAGUUCCAUUGUUUGACAACUACUAUGAUAUGUGUUCACCAGUCGCCCAGUUGAACAAACAAUUCGCAAUUGGAAACAUUUAUUCAAAUGAACCAGCGACCAACUGGGAAAAUCCAAGACUUCCAACAAGUGGCAGACGGGUAAAGGCACUAUUAAUUGGACUCGAGUACAAAAAGGGAACUGGCACACCACUGCCCAACUCGACCAACGAUAUCAAUGAGCAUGCUGCCGCUCUUGUCAAUUGGGGAUAUGUCCAAAAGGAGAACAUUCAUAUCCUAACAGAGAACCUUACCCAAGUCCAAGUCACACCUACUACCCCCGGCUCGACAAAAACCACUGUUUGUGGACCAACCAAAAAUUGUAUCCUAGAUGAAAUUAACGAUUGGUUGGUUCCCAAUUUUAUUCAAGGAGACACGUUCUAUGUUGCCAUUGUUGGAAGAGGUUUCAAAAAGUCUGCCUUUGGUGGAAACGAUAUCAAUUCAGGUCUUGUAGUCCUUGACGAAACAUUGACCUAUUCCGAUUACUCGCUCACCUGGGAGAGUCUCCUCGCGCCAUUUGCCGGUAUACCAGCUGGAGUCAAUGUUACUUUUGUGCUCGACUGUGACAACACCCUAGGUUUUUUGCCUUAUCUAGCCGUCCAAACAAUCUACCAGGAUUCUGUUGUUCUUUUUUCUUCAAAGGAAGGACUUGCUGCUCCACUUGCAGCAAACACCAUUGGUUUCCUUCCAUUCAUCACCAAGAUUCUGACAUCGUCCGAUCGUACAGAUCUGCCAGUGACCUACCAAUCGUUGAUUACUCAAAUAAAUACAAGCGACCAAUACAAAUCGGAUGCAUCCUUGUCGGUCUAUGGAAAUUCAGUUGGAGACUAUCCAUUCCUCUCCUCUGGAGAUACGUCAAAGAUUACCAUCUACGAGUAUACAAUGUCUGUUCCAGGUACCAACAAAUUGAGUUAUUUCUACUCAAGAUUCACUAACUUAGUCGGUAUGACAUUGGUUGGAGCUGUUUGGAAAGCAUUUGCACCAGAUGAUUCACAAGGAUCUCCCGUAUACCAAUACUCGAUUCUUACUCGUCCCGUCAUCAAUGAUGUUGAAACAUACAACUAUGACUAUUCUCUCGACAAUACUCACGAGGUUGAUCCAGUCACCCAAUACCUCGAAUGGUAUCCAAUGGGUUCAGUUUGGAGAGCAUCUUCUGUUGGUGGAGAAGAUCUCAUACCUGUCUAUCGUUGUUACUUUGAUGGGGUAACCAGAAGAUACAGAUACUCAAAGACAGAUGUUGUUGCUGAUUGGAACAUCGAAGGUGUUGCAUUCUAUGUUUAUAAUCUUUAA